UUUCUUCAUGUCGCUCUUUAUCCACCAAAAACCUUAUGGAAAGCCUAGCUUACCACCAUUAUCAUCAUUGUUGAAGGACCAAACUUACAAGUUACCGGCCAUUGAGUUUAACCGCAUCCCAGGCGUAGCCCCUGGCCCCAGCUCCAUGCCCAGUUCUGUACCCAGCUCCGUGCCCAGUUCUGUGCCUAGCUCCGUGCCCAGUGCCACCACCUCCGCCACUGCUACACCCAUAAUGGCCUCAACUCCUCCUCCUCCCACCGCCGCUCCCAAAAAGAGAAAACACGAAAAGUCCUUCGCAUUCAUUUCGCACUCGGUCAAAACCUUUCCCAACCAGGAACCAUCCAUCGACAAUGCUCCUCUCGCCAGAAGAAAAAGAAGAAGAACGUCGCCCAACGAACUCAACAUUCUCAACCAGCAAUUCCUUCUUGGACUGACUCCCAAUAAACUUCGCCGAAUUGAAAUCGCAAACACCGUGUGUAUGACUGAAAAAGCGGUGCAGAUCUGGUUCCAAAACAAGAGACAGAGCAUCCGCAAACAAAACCACCACGAAAAAGAGGUCACUGAGCUUCCUCCCACCCCUGACAUGACUCUCUCCACCAGUUCUGUCGACACCUCCAUGAACACCAUGCUCUCACCUGUCAUUAGUUCCACCCCCAUCAAACCCCAUUUGCACAAGUCCCAGUCCUUCGCCAGUCCGGGCACUCUGAUGCUCGAAUCGCCCAUUCUCCAGCGCUCAGCCUCCGUGGGCUCGGGGUCCCACAAGCCUGAGUCGUCUACUCCCAACCUGUCGUUCAUUACCGAGGAUUCCUCCAAUAACCUGUUUGUAAUCCACCAGAUUAAGAAGAAACAGCCGGUAUUGUUCAACAACAACAACAGCUCAACCAUGACGUUCAAGUUGAGUAAGUUCAAGGUGCACAGUGAUGCUCCCAAAACUAAUAAGAUCCAGAACUUGUUGAAUAGUGUGGCCGAUGAGCCCGUGAGAAAGCCUUUAGGAGAGAUUAGUGGCAACAGUCAGAGACAGAACACGAAGGUGGUGACGGACGGUGUGCAGAGCUUGUUGUCAUUGAGGGAAGGGAACUGGAAAUAAGAAGCUAGAUAGUUUCGUGUAUAGUAGUGUAUAUAUCUUGCAUU